UAAAUAAUAAGGGCGAAAUAAUUCUACGAGCGUCAAGUAGAAUCCUUUCGCAUCCAGGAUCUCCAAUCCUGUAUAAACAGAGAAGAUUCGCGCCCGAAAGAGUCCCGUAUCUCAUUUGACCGGACGUCACGUGUGUGUACGCAUUUAUUUUUGUGUUUGGUGGAGCGCGCCUUGCCGCCGAUCGCCGCACGCGCGAUGUCACAGUCGCAUUUCACGUCCGCCAAUCAUCCGUUACGCUACAAAGUGCCGCACAUGGAGUACCUGUUGCAAGCCCGUGGUCACCAACGCAGCUCUUCAGAUACACAGGCAUUCCGCGAGCGUACGAAGAGAGAUGCACGGGAUGAGCUGCAACGCGAGCUUGAGAAGCUACAGGCAACCGCCUGCGAGAACAGGGCGACGAUAUUCAGUCGGCAGUUCGCUGGAUUCCAACAUCUUUUCGAGCGAUUCCUGCAGGAGGAAGGCCCGUCCUUAGAAUGGGAUCAUAUUCAGAAGCUGCCCGAAGAUGCGGUCAAGAAUUACAACUCCUUGCCAUCACCAGAGACGAACGAGGUGAAGGAACUGCUGGAUAAGUUGGUUGUCGUCAAGCUAAACGGUGGUCUUGGAACGAGUAUGGGAUGUCACGGACCGAAGUCCGUUAUUGCUGUACGAAAUGGACUCACGUUUCUUGAUCUCACCGUCCAGCAAAUUGAGCAUCUAAAUAAAACGUAUAACGCUAACGUGCCACUCAUACUGAUGAAUUCGUUCAACACAGACGACGAUACGCAACGCAUAAUUAGAAAGUACAAAGGAAUUGAUAUAGACAUUUAUACUUUUAAUCAGAGUUGUUAUCCGCGCAUAAACAGGGAUUCCCUUCUAGAACGAUUCUCAAAAUCACUGUUAACAUAAUUUGUUAACAGGUGGUAUCCACCCGGUCAUGGAGACUUCUACGAAAGUUUCCAUAACUCUGGUCUGCUCAAAAAAUUCAUUCGUGAGGGCCGCGAAUAUUGUUUUAUUUCUAACAUAGAUAAUCUUGGUGCCACGGUAGACAUAAAAAUCUUGAAAUCGUUGCUUAAUAAAAGUCCGGAACCACCUCUUGAAUUUGUCAUGGAAGUAACUGACAAAACGCGAGCGGACGUCAAAGGUGGUACGCUUAUAAAAUACGAGGAUAAACUUCGUCUCCUUGAAAUAGCUCAAGUUCCCAAGGAUCAUAUUGAUGACUUUAAAUCUGUUAAAACAUUUAAGUAUUUCAACACCAACAACCUCUGGAUUAAACUUAAUGCCAUCGAGAGAGUACUUGAACAAAAAGCAUUGAAUAUGGAAAUAAUUGUAAACAGCAAAACUUUUACCAAUGGUCUAAAUAUAAUACAACUUGAAACAGCUGUAGGAGCUGCUAUGAAAUCAUUCGAAGGAAGUAUUGGUAUAAAUGUGCCGCGCAGUAGAUUCUUGCCGGUGAAAAAGACUUCUGAUUUAAUGCUUGUAAUGAGUAACUUAUACACACUACGUAACGGAUCUCUCGUAAUGAGUCCUCAAAGGAUGUUCCCCACAACGCCUCUCAUCAAAUUGGGAGAUAAUCAUUUCUCAAAAGUAAAAGAGUUUCUAACCAGAUUUCCGACAAUACCGGAUCUCCUCGAGUUAGAUCAUUUGACGGUAUCAGGCGAUGUUACCUUUGGGAAAGGGGUAACGCUGAAAGGCACCGUCAUUAUAAUCGCCAAUCACGGAGAACGUAUAGACUUGCCUUCUGGAACUGUUUUAGAAAAUAAAAUUGUAUCGGGUAAUCUACGUAUAUUGGAUCACUGAGUUGUAGCGGGAGGACAAAGCAUCUCGAUUCGUCUCGCGGAGAGCAUAUAAAUGUCCGAGAGAA